AUGGAGAACCCCUUUACUUUCAACAUACCACUGGGAAUUGUGGGUUUAGAUGUAAUAUACGACUUCACUAUUGAUAAGAAGGACCUCAUUCAAUUCCUCAACUUUGAGGAGCUGGAUAUAUUUUUCAUGCAGCUGGCUAUCUUGGAUUAUUCCAUCACAAAUAGGAGCUCUUCAAAUCUCAAUUAUCUAGACUUGUCUUCUAACAGUCUUACUGGGAUUAUUCCAUCACAAAUAGGAGCUCUUCAAAAUCUCAAUUAUCUGGACUUGUCCUCUAACAGUUUUACUGGGAUUAUUCCAUCACAAAUAGGAGCUCUUCAAAAUCUCAAUUAUCUAGACUUGUCUUCUAACAGUCUUACUGGGAUUAUUCCAUCACAAAUAGGAGCUCUUCAAAAUCUCAAUUAUCUGGACUUGUCCUCUAACAGUUUUACUGGGAUUAUUCCAUCACAAAUAGGAGCUCUUCAAAAUCUCAAUUAUCUAGACUUGUCUUCUAACAGUCUUACUGGGAUUAUUCCAUCACAAAUAGGAGCUCUUCAAAAUCUCACUUAUCUAGACUUGUCCUCUAACAGUCUUACUUGGAUUAUUCCAUCACAAAUAGGAGCUCUUCAAAAUCUCAAUUAUCUGGACUUGUCUCUUAACAGUCUUACUGGGAUUAUUCCAUCACAAAUAGGAGCUCUUCAAAAUCUCAAUUAUCUGGACUUGUCUUCUAACGGUCAUACUGGGAUCAUUCCAUCACAGAUAGGAUCUCUUCAUAAUCUGAUUUCUCUAGACUUGUCUUAUAAUAGUCUUACUGGGAUUAUUCCAUCCCAAAUAGGAGCUCUUCAAAAUCUCACUUAUUUGGACUUGUCUUACAACAAUCUUACUGGGAUUAUUCCUUCACAAACAGAAGCUCUUCAAAGUCUCGUUCAUCUGGAUUUGUCUUCUAACAGUCUUACUGGGAUUAUUCCUUCACAAAUAGGAGCUCUUCAAAGUCUCGUUCAUCUAGAUUUGUCUUCUAACAGUCUUACUGGGAUUAUUCCAUCACAAAUAGGAGCUCUUCAAAAUCUCAUUAUUUUUUACUUGUCUUCUAAUAGUCUCACUAGGAUUAUUCCUUCACAAACAGAAGCUCUUCAAAGUCUCGUUCAUCUGGAUUUGUCUUCUAACAGUCUUACUGGGAUUAUUCCUUCACAAAUAGGAGCUCUUCAAAGUCUCGUUCAUCUAGAUUUGUCUUCUAACAGUCUUACUGGGAUUAUUCCAUCACAAAUAGGAGCUCUUCAAAAUCUCAUUAUUUUUUACUUGUCUUCUAAUAGUCUCACUAGGAUCAUUCCAUCACAGAUAGGAUCUCUUCAUAGUUUGAUUGAACUAUACUUGCCUUAUAACAGUCUUACUGGGAUUAUUCCAUUCCAAAUAGGAGCUCUUCAAAAUCUCACUUAUUUGGACUUGCCUUGCAACUAUCUUACUGUUGAGAAAAGACUUCACGCAGCUCAAAAAAUUGCACCCGCUGAAUAG